UAUAUUGUUAUUAUUAUCCUAGUGCGGACGGCGGCAAUGGUGUUCAGUCGUUUACAGCCGGCUACGUCGACGGCGUAUUAAAUGUUAUUAUUAUUGUAUACGCGCACACGACCCCCGAUCAAAACGGGGUGUACGCGAGGAGCGGGGAAAGUGUAUGUUUGGACAGCUGCUGCUGUUGCUACUGCUGACGACAAUAUUUAUAUAAUAUAUAUAUAUUACAUUUAACACAUACGUGAGCGCGGGAUACGACGUCCGUUAUUCGUUUAUAGUUGGAUGAUAAAGAAUUCGAACGGUUGUACUACUACUACUACUAGACUUCUCAUGUUUUUAUUUUAUCCUCGAUGGCAACCGUGUGUGAAUGUGCAAUAAAUACUAUUCUAUGGUCAUAUAGAAAUAUUUGGGGUCCUUCCCCCUCUAUUCCUAUCUAUCCACUGAUGCCGAGCCGAUGUAUUAUAAUGCGCACUUUGCACAGGUCCGCCAAAAUUAGAGUAAUUCCUGGCUUAACAAUUCACGCAAAUGCUCACCUACAACCACGGUUCAUAUUCGUCACCACUACAAUGGUCGGAGGAGCAAUCUUCGCGCGUAUAGUUGAGUCGCCGGUUCGCGAAUAGUUGACUAUUUCCCGUGUAUCCUCUAUAAUAUAUUAUUUAAAUACCCUUAUCUAAAACCCGCUGAUCUGAUAAGUGGCGACGACCUACAACCCAAAACCGAAGCCUCGCCACGACCACCGUCAUUACACCACUGCGUUUUCGUCCGAUGCAUAUUAUAAAAUUGUUUGUUCUGUAAUGUGGUUGUUUUUAAUUUUUAUUGUAUACGCAUCAAAAU